AGACCACGGCUGGUGGGGCCGAGCCAGCCAGCCUCCGGGUUUUCGGGAAGUCAGCGCACACCUGUCCCCAGCCUCUGAGCGCCGGGCGGGACGGGGCAGACGGGCGCGGGCGCGAGAUGUACUGCUGCUGGGACGCGGGCUCCGGCGGGCUGCUGCGCCGGGGGCCGGCGGGCGCGGGCGGCCCCGAGCUGCGGCAGGCGGCCUGCGGGGGGCGCCACGCGCUGCUGCUGCUGAGCGACGGCACGGUCCACUCGUACGGGGACAACAGCCGGGGCCAGCUGGGCCGGAGGGGCGCGCCGCGCGGGGAGCGGCCAGAACCGAUUCGGACAUUGGAAACUCUACGAGUCAGCCUCGUGAGCUGUGGGCAGGAGCACUCCUUGGCUGUCUGUCACAGAGGACGGGUCUUCGCGUGGGGCGCGGGCUCUGAAGGGCAGCUGGGAACUGGAGAGGUCAAGGGAAUAAAUUUUACACCUAAGAAGAUAAAAACUCUGACUGGCAUAAAAAUAAUACAAGUUUCCUGUGGAGACUACCACUCCCUGGCAUUAUCAGAAGGUGGCCAAGUGUUUUCAUGGGGAAAGAACAGCCAAGGUCAGCUGGGCCUGGGGAAGGAGUUCCCCUCCCAAGACAGCCCGCAGAGGGUGAGGUCCCUGGAAGGGAUCCCCCUGGCUCAGGUGGCUGCAGGAGGGGCCCACAGCUUUGCCCUGUCUGUCUCUGGGACUUCAUUUGGCUGGGGAAACAACAGUGCAGGGCAGCUGGCCCUCAGCGGGAAUAAUGUUCCAGUGCAAAGCUACAAGCCUCGUUCGAUUGGUGCGCUGAGGAAUCUGGGUGUGAUUUACAUCAGCUGUGGUUAUGAGCACACUGCGGUGCUCACCCAGAAUGGGAAAGUGUUCACAUUUGGAGACAACAGCUGUGGACAGCUGGGACACAGCCCCAGUGCGCAGGACAGAGGCCCACAGCUCGUGGAAAGAAUUGAUGGCCUAGUUUCACAGAUAGAUUGUGGAAGUUAUCACACCCUUGCAUAUGUCUACACCACUGGUCAGGUGGUGUCUUUUGGUCGUGGACCAAGUUGCAGAAGCAGCUCCACUCACCCGGAGGCCCAAAUAGAGAACUUUGACAUCAGCUGCCUGCUCUCUGCUGAGGACCUUGUGGAUGUUCAAGUCAAACACAUUUUUGCUGGAACGUAUGCCAACUUUGUGACAACUUCUCAGGAUGCCAGCUCCUCAAGCGUUUCCAAGAAAACCCUGCCAGAAAUAAGCCGAAUGAACCAGUCCCUGACAGAGAAAUGGAUGGCAGUGACAAUAGGAAGCACUGAACAUGAAGUGGCUAAGAGUGAAAUUAGCCUGAUAUUUUCAUCACCUGCUUGUCUGACUGCAAGUUUUUUGAAGAAAAGAGAAUCUGGAGAAACGAUUUCCAUUGAUGUGGACUUAGAAAUGGCAAGAGAUACCUUCAAGAAGUUAACAAAAAAGGAAUGGAUUUCUCUCAUGGUAACUACAUGUCUCAGGGAUAAUCUUCUCAGAGCUCUUCCGUAUCGUUCUCCACACCAAGAAGCGUUAUCAGUUUUCCUUCUUCUCCCAGAAUGUCCUGUGAUGCAUGAUUCUAGGAACUGGGCGAUUCUGGUGGUGCCAUUUGCAGAGGCUGUUUGUAAUAUGAAUCACCAGUCUUUACGAGUCCUGAAGCAGUGUUGGGCAUCUUUGCAAGAAUCUUCUCUCAACACACUGGUCCAGAUGCUUAAAACUGCCAUCAUCUGUCAAAUACAUUGUUGGGUUGAAACCAGUCAGACUCACUGCAGUGUUAAAGCUCUUCUAGAAGUGAUGAAAAAAGUGUAUAAGGUAAAUAAAGCUAAAUGUCUACUACCAGAAAAUACUUUCAACAUAAAUGAGCUCUCCUAUUUUUUGAACUUUUAUGAAGAUAGAAGAAGAGUGUUCUUAAGGGAUAACAACCUGAUACCUCCAGAAAAUCCCAGCCCUGUUAUUUUCAGCGAUUUUCCAUUUAUCUUUAAUUUUCUGUCCAAAAUUAAAUUAUUACAAGCUGAUUCCAUUAGACAAAUGCGGAAUGCAACAGAAAGUGCAUACUUGGGGCAAACGAUUCGGCAAGGAGAGGAUGAAUUCCCUCCAUCACCUACGUUUAUACUUAAAGUCAGACGAAGUCACCUAGUUGAAGAUGCCUUGCGUCAGUUAAGCCAAGCUGAAGUUACUGACCUCCGGAAACAAUUAGUGAUUGAAUUUAUUAAAGAAAUUCGUCCUGAGAGUGGAGGGGUAAAGUCCGAGUUCUUCCACUGUAUAUUUGAAGAGAUGACCAAGACAGAGUAUGGAAUGUUCAUAUAUCCCGAAAAGGGUUCCUGCAUGUGGUUUCCUGCCAACCCUAAAUUUGAGGAGAAGAGCUAUUUCCUCUUUGGGAUGCUGUGUGGACUCUCCCUAUACAAUUUCAAUGUUGUCAAUCUUUCUUUCCCGCUGGCUCUGUUUAAGAAACUUCUGGACCAAAAGCCAUCAUUGGAAGAUUUCAAAGAACUCAGUCCUCUUUGGGGAAAGAAUUUGCAAGAAAUUCUAAAUGAUCAGUCUGACAUUGGAGAAGAUUACAUAUAUUUUUCUAUACACUGGGACCACAAUGAUGUUGAUCUAAUUCCAGACGGGAUCUCUGUACUUGUGAACCAAAACAACAAGAAAGACUAUGUUUCUAAGUGUGUUGAUUAUGUUUUCAACACGUCUGUAAAGGCAGUUUAUGAGGAAUUUCAGAGAGGGUUUUAUAAAGUCUGUGACAAGGAGAUACUUCGACAUUUCCAGCCUGAAGAACUAAUGACAGCAAUAGUUGGAAAUACUGAUUAUGACUGGGAACAGUUUGAAAAGAAUUCAAAAUAUACUCUACCCUACCACAAAUCACAUCGUACCAUAGUGAUGUUUUGGAAAGCUUUUCAUGCAUUAACGUUGGAGGAAAAGAAAAAAUUCCUUUUUUUUCUUACAGGAAAUGAUAGGUUGCCUAUAAGAGGCCUACAGGAAGUGGGAAUCCUAUUUCGCUGUCCUGAAACCUUCAGUGAAAGAGAUCACCCAAGAUCAUUAACCUGUCAUAACAUUCUGGACCUCCCUGAAUAUUCUACAAUGAGAAGAAUGAAGGAAGCACUUCAAGUAGCCAUCAACAGCAACAGAGGAUUUGUCUCACCCGUGGUCACACAGUGAUGGUCACCUGUGAGAGUCUGCUUGAGGCCUCAGCUUCUCAGGUCCUCCCACCCUUGGAUUCCUCUGAUUUUUUCUAGGUCUAAUAGUACAAAGGGUUGAUGGAUUUUAGUUAGAAUUAGUGGACAAAUGUUGGGAUAAACAAUAAAGUGAUGAAUCAAUGAUGAUAUUUAACGAAUCAACAUUUCCUGAUCCCUAAACUUGCUAUGAGAAUGUUUGCUUUUUACUGGAUUAUUUCCUGAACAAUAAUCAUUUAAAAAUAAACUGAGUAUUAAAAGCUA